CAGAAUUAGAGCCACAUGCGUUUGUUGUCUUUCUCACGGGAAAUUCACAGCGAAAAGACGCUUUUUUCACAAUAUCACCGUAGAAAAGUAGAGUUAGUUGAGUGUAGAGUGUGAAAAACUAUCUUUCAAGAUGCCGAAGGAACAGUUUCGAGAAGCGGAUGUGAUAAAAAAGAUAUCCAAGGUCAGAUUCUGCAUGAACAGUCCUGAGAUGAUCCAACAGGAGUCCCACAUACAGGUGGUCUCGAAGAACCUGUACAACCAGGAGCAGGGACGAGUGCCGGUUGCCUAUGGAGUGCUUGAUAGAAGAAUGGGAAUCAGCCAGAAGGAUGCCACAUGUGAAACUUGCAAUCAGGGCCUGAAUGAGUGCAUUGGUCACUUUGGGUAUCUCAAUUUGGCCUUGCCUGUCUUCCACGUGGGUCACUUUCGCUCCACCAUCACCAUAUUGCAGUCCAUCUGCAAGACCUGCAGCCGAGUUAUGCUGAAGGACGAGGAUAAGAGAGCUUACACGAAACGACUGCUGAACCCUGAUCUUUCCUACCUUGCGAAGAAAUCCAUCCAUUCUCAGAUCCUGGUGAAAGCGAAGAAGUUUACAAAGUGUAGAUACUGUGGCGCCUUGAAUGGUCCUGUGAAGAAAGGACCGGGACUCAUGAAGAUUGUCCAUGAUAAGUUCCGUGGGAAGAAGGUGACCGAUCCUCUGGUAUCGAAUAUCCUGGAUGAAAUGUUCAUGGCCACUGAGAAUAACAAGGAGUUGCAGCAACACAUCGGGAUGCCUUGUUUGGUGCAGGAAUUGAAUCCACUUCAAGUUCUGGAUCUCUUCCGGAACAUCCCGAAGAGUGAUAUUCCACUGUUGGGCAUGACUUCUCCGGACGCACAUCCCACCAAUUUGAUCGUGACUCGAAUUUACGUGCCUCCAGUGUGCAUUCGUCCGUCCGUGGUGUCGGAAAUCAAGGCUGGAACGACUGAGGAUGACAUCACGAUGAAGCAGAGUGAGAUUCUGCUGAUAAACGAUGUGAUCGCAAAGCACACUUCCACGGGUGGGAAAGUCGAAUUGAUUCUAGAGGAUUGGGACUUUCUGCAACUUCACGUGGCGCUCUAUUUCAACAGUGAAUUGUCAGGAGUGCCGCUCACAAUGAUUCCCAAGAAGCAGACGCGAGGCAUUGUGCAGCGCCUGAAAGGGAAGCAAGGGAGAUUCCGUGGCAAUUUGUCCGGAAAGCGCGUGGACUUUUCGGCGCGGACAGUAAUUUCGCCAGAUCCAAACUUGCUGAUCCAUCAGGUGGGCGUGCCUGAGCGAGUGGCCAAGAUUCUCACUUAUCCUGAGCGAGUGCAUCCGCGGAACAUCGACAAGAUGAGACAGCUGGUGCAGAAUGGCACAGAUCAUCAUCCAGGAGCGAAUUAUGUGCAGCAGAAAGGUAGCGCCUUCAAGAAGUAUCUAGCUUAUGGCAAUCGCGACAAGAUUGCUCACGAUUUGCGUUGUGGAGACAUUGUGGAGCGACACUUGGUGGAUGGCGAUAUUGUGCUAUUCAACCGUCAGCCGUCACUGCACAAGUUGAGCAUCAUGUGUCAUCAGGCUAAGGUUCAGGCUCAGAGGACAUUCAGGUUCAACGAGUGCGCUUGCACGCCGUACAAUGCGGAUUUUGAUGGGGAUGAGAUGAAUCUGCACUUGCCGCAGACGGAGGAAGCGCGCGCCGAGGCGUGGAUUCUCAUGGGGAACAAGUCGAAUUUGGUGACGCCAAAGAACGGAGAGCUUCUGAUUGCGGCUACUCAGGAUUUCAUCACCGGCGGCUAUGUGUUGACGCAGAAAGAUGAGUUUCUUACCAAGGAGAGAGCAAUGCAGCUUGCAACUUGCCUUAUCGCUGGUCCGGACGCGAAUAUGACUGUUGAGCUUCCGCCGCCGGCGAUUCUGAAGCCGCGCGUGAUGUGGACAGGAAAGCAAAUCUUUGGUCUCAUCAUGAAGCCCAAUAAGCAGUCGCACACGCUGAUAAAUCUGGAGACGAAGGGAAAAAAUUACACGGCGAAUCAGGAUCUGUGCUGCAAGGACUCGUACGUGAUUGUGAGAAAUUCGGAGAUAAUGUGCGGCGUGAUGGACAAGAGUACAAUGGGAUCUGGCACGAAGAAGUGCAUCUUCUAUGUUCUACUGAGGGAUUAUGGCGAGGAGGAGGCCACGAGGGCGAUGUGGCGGCUCUCCAAGCUGACUUCCUACAUGAUUAUGAAUCGCGGCUUCUCGUUUGGCGUGGGCGAUGUCACACCGAGUCGAAUUCUGCUGGGAGAGAAGCAGAAACUCCUGGACAACGGAUACUCAAAGUGCAGUGAUUUCAUUUCGAAGAUGAAGAGCGGAACUCUGCAGUGUCAGCCAGGAUGCACUCUCGAGGAGACACUGGAAGCUGUGAUGCUGCGAGAGCUGUCCAGCAUUCGUGAGCUGGCUGCCAAGGCGUGUUUCAAUGAACUGCACAGGACAAACAGCGCCUUGAUAAUGGCGCAAUCCGGAUCAAAGGGAUCAAACAUCAACAUCUCGCAGAUGAUUGCCUGUGUGGGUCAGCAGGCCAUUAAUGGAAAACGAGUGCCGAAUGGUUAUGAAGACAGAAGUCUGCCACACUUUGAGAAGUUUUCCAAGAUUCCAGCUGCUCGAGGUUUCGUCCAGAACAGCUUCUUCUCUGGAUUGACGCCUACAGAGUUCUUCUUCCACACGAUGGCUGGGCGAGAGGGUCUCGUUGACACAGCAGUGAAGACCGCAGAGACGGGAUACUUGCAGAGGCGUCUGGUGAAGUGCCUUGAGGAUCUUGUGGUGCACUAUGACGGGACUGUGAGGAACGCCAUUGGUGAGGUGGUGGAGUUUACGUACGGAGGUGAUGGUCUCGAUCCAGUAUCCAUGGAAGUGGCAAAUAAGCCGGUGGAUUUGGAGAGACAAUUUAUGCACAUUCGCGCUAUGGACACUCAUCGCGAUGAGGAUGCAUUGGAAGGUGAUGACAUUCUGCCUACAGCUAAGGAGAUUCUCAAGUUGGAGAAGUUCAUCAAUGCCAGGCAGGAUUUCAGGGCGGAUUGCGUGAACUUCCUCGACACUGUGAGGAAGCGACUGUGCAAUAUUGAGAGCAACUACAGCACUCGCGGUCCUGGUGGUGAGAUUUGUCGCACGACGAAGAGUCAUAUUGAGGAUUUCCUGGAGAUUGUUGAGAAGAGAUACAGCCGUGCUGUCACUGAACCGGGAACAGCGGUUGGAGCUCUGGCGGCACAGAGUAUCGGAGAGCCAGGAACUCAAAUGACACUUAAGACUUUCCACUUUGCCGGUGUGGCGUCCAUGAACAUCACCCAGGGAGUGCCGCGAAUUGUGGAAAUCAUCAAUGCGUCGAAGACAAUUUCUACUCCGAUUAUCACGGCUGAAUUGGAGAAUAACGAAAGCAUGGAGUUUGCCAGGAAAGUGAAGGGAAGAAUCGAGAAGACAACUUUGGGAGAAAUUUCUUCGUAUAUCGAGGAAGUUUACAAAUCUUCUGACUGCUUCCUCCUUAUCAAGCUGGACAUUGACAGAAUCCGAGUGUUGGGAUUGGAGAUUGACGCUGAAACCAUCAGAUUUGCGCUGAGAAACUCCAAAUUGCGUCUCAAACCCAACAACAUCGAAGUCGUGGGAUCUUCCCUGGUGAUUGUGCGUCCGGACACGAACAAGAACUCUUCCUUGAAUGCUGAACUACAGCGUCUGAGCACGGUGAUUCCCAACAUUGUCGUCGGUGGACUGUCAAACAUCUCAAGAGCUGUGAUUGCCAUCAAUGAUGCCGUGCAGCCGCCGACUUAUCAGCUCUGCGUCGAAGGAUCGGGCUUAAGGGAUGUGAUGGCGAUGUACGGUGUGCGUGGUAAUCAGACGAAGAGCAACAAUAUCUGGGAAGUGUUCAGCACGCUAGGUAUCGAAGCUGCCCGCACGACAAUCAUGACGGAGAUUGACAGUGUGAUGAGUGGACAUGGCAUGAGCGUGGACAGUCGACAUAUAAUGCUGCUGGCCAGCCAAAUGACCAGCAGAGGAGAAGUGCUGGGCAUCACCAGGCACGGUCUGGCAAAGAUGCGAGAGUCUGUCUUUAACCUGGCGUCGUUUGAGAAGACAGCCGAUCAUCUCUUUGACGCUUCUUACUACGGUCAAGUGGACUCCAUUGAUGGCGUGUCUGAAAGAAUCAUCCUGGGAAUGCCGGCGGGAAUUGGUACAGGUGUCUUUAAGCUACUCCACAAGAAUGAUAAUUACGUGUUGGAUGAUGCAAAAGAGCCUAUAUUCUUCCUCAAAUGAGUCACUAUUAAAAUAAAUUUAUUGAACUACUGA